GCUUAGAAACACGUUUUCGUGCAGAACCAGCCAGCUAUGUCUACUCUUAUGAACCGCGCAGUCGUGGAUACUAGAAUAGUUAUAGUAGGAAGCGGAAUAUCCGGUUUAUCAGCUGCUCACAAACUCAUUAAAUCUGGAUUUCCUAAUGUGCGGAUUCUUGAAUCGACAGCGAGAAGUGGAGGACGUGUAAAAACCGGCAGAUUGGGUGAUAAUGUCGUUGAGAUAGGAGCAAACUGGAUCCACGGACCGUCUGAGGAGAAUCCAGUGUUUCGUCUGGCCCGUCAGUAUGGACUCCUCGAUCCAGAGGCCCUGACCCCGGAGAAUCAGGCCCUUGAUAUCGGGGGAAACCCACCCUGGGUUCCCAAUAUGUUCAGCAGUUCAGGUCGGAGGCUGACUCCUGAGGAAUUUGAACCGGCUGCGGAGAUGUUCGGUAAAGUGCUGGAUGAAAGUUCAGAAUUUGAGAGCAAAGGAGGAGAGCCCAGUGCCACUGUUGGAGAAUACAUACGGUCAGAGGUGAAACAACAAGCGGCAGAGGAGUGGAAAGAUGUUGAUACAAAGACCAGAUCCACCAGACUGUGUGUCAUCAGCAACAUGUUUAAGGUGAACUGCUGUGUAAACGGGACUCACAGCUUGGAUGAGGUGGGCCUCGGGGCCUACGGUUUGUACAAGACUCUACCUGGACUGGACUGCACAUUCCCGAGGGGCUAUGAAGGUCUAAUUGAAAACCUGAAGUCAGAGCUCCCCGAAGGUUUAGUGAGCUACAACACGCCUGUGAAAUGUGUCCACUGGAACAACACAGAGAAGAGAGACAAGUCUUUGACGGUCGAGUGUGACGACGGGGAGAGGAUAGCUGCUGAUCAUGUUAUCGUCACAGUACCUCUAGGUUACCUGAAGAAGCACCAUUCGGCCCUCUUCUGUCCUCCUCUGCCUCUACACAAGAUGCACUCCAUCCAAAGACUCGGCUUUGGAACAAACAAUAAGAUAUUUGUGGAGUUUGAUUCACCGUGGUGGGAUGCUGACUGUGAGGUCAUCCACUUGGUGUGGGACGAUGAGGAUGAAAUCGUGGACCAGGUCGCAGAUAUACAGACCUCCUGGAUGAAGAAGUUGUUUGGUUUUACUGUCCUCAAACCCACUGAGAGGUAUGGCUACGCUCUGUGCGGCUGGAUUGCUGGCCAUGAGUCCGAGUAUAUGGAGACGCUGUCUGAACAGGAGGUCACACACGGCGUCACACAACUGGUCCGCAGGUUUACAGGAAAUCCUACCCUAACACCAAAGAGAAUCCUGCGCUCCCAGUGGUUUCAUGACCCCUGGACAUGCGGAUCGUACACUUUUCCUGGAAAACUGUGUUCAGCACAGGACCUGGAGAACAUGAUGGAGCCCCUGCCUAAGAAGGGAUCACAGGCACAGCCCUUGCAGGUGUUGUUUGCUGGAGAGGCGACUCAUCACUGCUUCUACUCCACCGUCCAUGGAGCUGUUCUCACCGGGUGGAGAGAAGCUGACCGCCUCAUCUCUCACUACUCCAACGUUAGUCCAUCUUUGCCCAAGUCUAACCUCUAAGACAAUGUUGCUUUUCUAUAAUAAGGCACUCUCAUGUUGUGAGUGCACAGCAGGGUUAUGUUCAACUUUACAAAAUAAUGAUGUCACAGCAUCAAGUCUUCAGAGAUUCAAAUCUAAAAAAAAAAAGUGAACCGCAAAAACAAGUCUAACAGUUUAAUGAUUCAAGAACAGAAUGCCUUAGAGUUGUCUGCUGAUUUAAUAUAUACAUGUUUCCCUAUCCACAGAGUGACUCAAAAUAAUUUUCAUAUAUAAUUAUUUAUCAUAAUUAUAAUAUCAUUAUUUGUGAUAAUUUUGCUCAAAUCUGACACUUUGAAAUAUGAUCGGCGGGUUUAUGUGAAGGAUUUCUGAAAGGUAGCUGAAGUCCCUCAGCUAUUGAAGUGAUGUACUGAUGACAUGAUGAUGUGGAUUACUAUACAUUUAAUGUGACUCCUCUGUAAAUUGUAUUUUUGAAAAAAUUAUGAAUAAUAUGUGACAUUAGA